AUGAGCAGCCUCGACGAGUUUUACGACGAUCUGGACGACGACCAGCUGAUUGAGAUGGACGAGGAGGGGAGCGAGUACGUCGACGCCCUCGAUGCCUUGUUCAACAUGUCCGACGACGAGGACGAGGACGAGGACGAGGGCGAAGACGAAGACGAAGACGAUCCCGACGUACACAUGGACGAGAGUGAGGGUGACAGCGAGGAAGAGGAUGAGGAGGAAGAGCGUACAGGCGUAUACAUUGUCGAGCGGGACAGCGACGACAGCGAUCAAGGUAUCGAGCUCCGUAUCGACCCCUCAAACCCGGGACAUGUCAUGGAGAUCCUCUCGCUGCUACGCCUGCACGCCGGAAACACUCAGCAGGCACAACUAUCGCUUCGUCGCCUGGUUGGCAUGCCGCGCGAGAGCCGGCGUAAACGCAAGUGGUGGAAACCGCAGGUGGAGCCGCAUCCCGCUGGCCUUGCCCUACUGCGUUCAGGCGACUUUGGACCUGUUGGCCCACCACGGAGCAAGGGCAAGCACCGUCGUCCGGGUGAGCGGUACGCGUUGCGAACAGCGCGUGGAUGGCGCCCUUCUCAACCUACGAUCCCAAACACCCACGGCACCGUUGUGGCCGAGUACGCGUCUGUGCCGUAUGUCGGCCAGUUCUGUGGGCCCGACUAUGGUGUCUUCUAUACCGCAACACAGAAUUUCAAACUGUACUUGUACAACACGACUGCUCCGAAACACGAGGAGUGGCGGCAAGUACGUGGCGGCGGGACACAGGUCGUCACGGCCGGGUAUCCGGGAGUCGUAUCGGACGACGAGUCGGAUGAGGAAUGGCCGCGCGGCGGGCGGUGGGGACGCCACCCCGAGGCGGCGAGCAGUAUGACUGCUCUCAAGACGGUACAGGGCGUCGAGGGGCGGUGGACAGUGACUGAUGCGGACGCAAAUCGUUCCGGCUCACGCAUGAUCUACUCGAGCAUCACGCCGUUCGUGCACAUGCUCCGGACUGAUGAGCAUGAUAGUGAACACACGACACUCGACUUCCGCGCCGGUCGUCAUGACCACUUUGGGAUCUGGAGCAUCCGUUUCUCGGCGGAUGGAAAAGAGGUCGUGGCCGGCGCGUCGAAUGGCGAUAUCAUGGUGUAUGAUAUUGCAGCGGAACGGCGUACCCUCAGAGUCAUGGGUCAUGCCGACGACGUGAAUGCUGUUUGUUUCGCCGACCAAAGUUCGACGAAUAUCCUCGUGAGCGGAAGCGACGACGGCUACGUCAAGGUGUGGGACCGCCGGUCUCUGUCGUCCAACAUUCCCUCUGGAGUAUUAGCUGGCGCCACUGAGGGGAUCACAUAUGCCUCGCCGAAGGGUGAUGGGCGCUACAUUGUGGCGAAUAGCAAAGACCAAGCUGCGCGAUUAUAUGAUUUACGCAAGAUGCGCAGCUGGCACGAAUUCGACAACGAGCCCGACGGCGUCUCAUCGUAUGGCCAAUCCCAUUUCGACUACCGUGGCGAUCGAUACCUCAAGCCCGAACGCCUUGCCCACCCCCGCGACUGCUCCGUCAUGACGUACCGCGGCCACAGCGUUCUCCGCACCCUCAUCCGAUGCCACUUCUCGCCCGUCGAAUCCACCGGCCAAGCAUACAUCUACUCGGGCAGCGCCGACGGCAUGGUCCACAUCUGGUCUCUUGACGGGCGCGUCGUCCAAGUCCUCAACCGAGCUGAAAGUGUGCCCCUCCGUAACUCUCGUGGAGGAUUUAAUGACCCGAGCGCGCCGGCCCGGUCCCCCGCCGCCCACCCGUUCGGGAGGGGAUGGGUCGUACGCGACGUUGCGUGGCAUGCCCACGAACCAACGCUCAUGAGUACGUGCUGGGAAGUUGAGGGGCGGUUCCGCGACUGUGGCAGCGUCGCCAAACAUGAAUGGAAGGGACUCGGUAAGGGCGGCCUAGGCCUCGAGGACUGGGUUGACAAGGCGCGUGCGGAGCAGGAGGGAUAG